CCAGGGCUGCGCGCCGCGGCUGAGCGCCCACUCGCCUUGCGUAAAGAGCCGCGGAGGGACCAGCGGGGGCGGCGGCGGGAGAGCUCGGCGGGAGCCGGAGGAGGUGGCAUUCGGGAGCCAAACCAGAAGGAGACUGGGAGGCAGAAGCUCGCGGCUCUGAGGGGUGCACUCCCUUGGCCAGGGAUGGGUCCCGGGGCGGCCCAGCCUCUGCUCGGCCGGGCCGGGCAGAGACUGAAUUGAGAUACCCCAUCAUCUUGUGGACGGCCCGAGAGAGGGAAGCACGGACAGAUCAGCAGUAGCCUCCCGGCGGGACCUCGCAUCCUGCGCCCCCCGCGCAGCGCCCCCCGCCGGAGCCGCGCCGGGCAAGCCGGCGAGGGAGCGGGGCUGAUUGGCGGCCGCCGGCGGCCGGGGGAGGGGGCGCCGCGCGGGGCCAUGGCAGGCUCGGAGGCGUCCUAGCCGGAGCCCGAGCCGGAUCCGAGCCCACGCUGCCGCCACCGCUGCCUCUCCGCGCCCGGGCCCCUGCCGCCGCCGCGCCCCCCGCGGGAGAUGGAACAGCGGAACCGGCUCGGCGCCCUCGGAUACCUGCCGCCGCUGCUGCUGCAUGCCCUGCUGCUCUUCGUGGCCGACGCUACAUUUACCGAAGUCCCCAAAGAUGUGACAGUACGGGAGGGAGACGACAUCGAAAUGCCCUGCGCAUUCCGGGCUAGCGGAGCCACCUCGUAUUCGCUGGAGAUUCAGUGGUGGUACCUCAAGGAGCCGCCCCGGGAGCUGCUGCACGAGCUGGCGCUCAGCGUGCCCGGCGCCCGGAGCAAGGUAACAAAUAAGGAUGCAACUAAAAUCAGCACCGUGCGCGUCCAGGGCAAUGACAUCUCGCACCGACUGCGGCUGUCGGCCGUGCGGCGGCAGGAUGAGGGCGUGUACGAAUGCCGCGUGUCCGACUACAGCGCCGACGACACGCAGGAGCACAAGGCCCAGGCGCUGCUGCGCGUGCUCUCGGGCUUUGCGCCGCCCAACAUGCAGGCCGCCGAGGCCGUGUCCCACAUUCAGAGCAGCGGUCCGCGUCGCCACGGCCCGGCCAGCGCCGCCAACGCCAACAACGUGGGUGCCACGGGCGCCGCGAGCCGCGCCACCUCCGACAAAAGCCCGGCUCCGGGGAGCCCCCCCGCCGCCCCAGGUCCCGGAGUCCCCGAGGCGGCAGCCGCCUCCGCGGCCCACGCAGCCACCACCACCGUCGCGGCCGCGGCCGCUGCUUCGUCAGCGUCGCCGCCACUGGGCCAGGCGGUCCUUCUUCGCCAGAGGCACGGCUCAGGCAUUGGCCCUAGCUCCGCCACAGACCCACUCCUGUCCCUGCUCCUGCUAGCUCUGCAUAAGUUCCUUCGCCUGCUGGUGGGGCACUGACGGCCACAGCCAUCCUGCGCACCUCAGCCGCCCCGCACGGCCUGCCCGGACCCGGUGUGAGGCCCGCAGCUACAGAUGGACACAGAGAGACUGAGAGAAGCAUGACAAAGUCCACAUGGAAAAUAAAUAAAUCAUAUUUUUGGGGGAGGUUACACAAAUGUAGAACACCUAAAAUAAUGCAUCUAGUUUCCAAAUAAGAUGGAAUUUGGACCAUGCGGUAUGCAUGGGAUUGGUGAUUUCUCUACUUCAACGUAUUUUUCUUUUCUAAACUUUUCCUCCAAGUCUUCAUUUUGCACGAACUGUUGAGCAGUUAUCUUUAGGAUACUAUGUAAAAAUGUUGGGUCAAAGCCUUUUUGACAAAGCAAAAUAUUUUUAGUAGAUUAUUGUGUUUAGGAAUUUUUUAUUUACUUUUUUUCUUUGGGGGCUUUCCUUUUUUUUUUAUUAAAGUAAAUUAUUUCU